GGCGCGGGGGGCCGGCGCCCGGCGCUGAGCGGCUCCGCGGAUGCCAUGUCCUCGCUGGUGAAGGAGGACCUGGCGAAGAGGCUGUUCGGCCCCCGGCGGCAGAGGCUGCACGAGUUCAUCGAGGUGGAGGGCGCGGGCGCCCAGCGCUACUACCUGUGCGCCGCAGUAACUAAAAGUAAAGAAGUAGAAAUAUGUAUGGUUAAACACUGGCGAGUGGACCGAGAGGAGAAAUAUGAAAUAGUUGAAAAGUGGUUUUUGAAAGAUCUGGAGAUGAUUGAUGGAAAAGAAGCAGAUACAGAUAAUCCAUAUUUUGAUAUGCAUUUCCACAAAGUCUACAAUAUGGAAGCAUAUAGUUGUGCAUCUAAAUAUACCUUUGCUCGAACUCUAAACAAACUGAAUGCGAUGUACCUUAAGAAGGACUUCAAGAUUGUGAACUUUGAUGACACCUAUCUAAAUGAUGAUUCAUUCUGGUCAUCCAGCAACAGAGAUUUCUUAGUAGUUAUGAGGGUUUGCUUCUAUGCUUCCAAUCUUUUAUGUCUCUCCCUCUGUCGUUUGUCCUAAAGAUGUAUUUUCUAACAUUAGGGUAACUGGCUGACUUUCUCUGACCAGCAUUUCAUAAAUCAUCUGAUCAAAAAGUUAGUUAGUAAUAUGCAGUGUCUCCUUUUUAAUUUUACAUGUAAGUAAAAAGUGGAACAUAGAUUUUACAUAAAUAGUUGAUAAGUCAUUUAUAUAUAUUAAGAGGUUCUCACUCUAGCAAAUACUUAUACAUACAAGAGACUGGAAACAGAACCGGUGGUUACCAUGGUCAGUGGUGAUUGCUUAUGUAAGCAGAGCUCAGCAUCUGCUUCUAUGUUCAUGGAGGUAUAAAUUAUCUUUCAUUAAUAGCUUGAAAUACUGCUGAAGCAUUAAGAGCAUUAACAGUUAAUUUAUAUCUUGGAAGUAGGAAAAAAAAUGUACAGUAAUUUCUCGACUAUAAGGCACACCCCUUUGACUAAAAUUUUGGUCCAA